UUUUUAUUAUCAACACACUCAUACUCACUGCAUCACUCUUCAGUCUUCUUACCCUUCCCUUUCUACUUACCUCUCCAUCAUCAUCUUCUUCUUAAUCAUUACUCCUACAUCAAACGAAAAUAUUUUCUUAAAUUAAUUUAACAAUAAACUAAAUUAUUUUCAAGCUGGAUUACACUUUUCUUUCAAUUUCUUUUAAUGUAUGACCAUUUUUUUUAAUUAGAACCCCACCAAACUUGAGGAUAAUUAUUUUGAUUUCCCCAGCUUGAAGAAAUCACUCAAUUUGGUUAAGAUUAAAGAAAUCUUUCUGGUGAGUAGAUGUUUGAAGAAGAACACCACCAGAAGAAGAAAUGGAUUUGACUGCAAGAGAAACGGGUUCGGGUCUGAGUAUAAUUCCGCCCACAAAAAGUCCAGAAGCUGAAAGUGAAACCCCACCUCGGAUCCAGCCUUCUAAGGCGAUUUCCUUCAGCAAUGGUGUGUUGAAGCGUCACGCGCCGCCGUGUGUUGUAUACAAAGAGUGUUUGAAAAACCAUGCGGCGAAUUCCGGUGGUCACGCGCUUGAUGGGUGCGGAGAAUUCAUGCCGGUUCCCAACGCAUCUUCUGCUGACCCGACUUCGCUAAAGUGCGCCGCAUGUGGUUGUCACCGGAAUUUCCACCGUCGUGAGCCGGAAGAAUUGAUGGGAAAUACUGGUACGGGUUAUACCCAUAUGAUCGAGUACCACCCGCAUCAUCGACACCAUCCACUUCCGCCUCCUGGGUCUAAUCCCAUGACGGGUCCGGCAGUAGGUUCUCGUGGUGGUGGACGGAGUCCUGGGUCUUCAUCACCUCCGCCGAUCUCAUCUACUUACUACCCAGGUUCUGCACCCCAUAUGCUAUUAGCUUUAAGCGGUGGUGGACCUGAAAACGGACCGCACAACGGGACCCACCAGUUGAUGAACUCAUCCUCCUCCCACCCGGCAAGCAGAAAGCGAUUCAGGACAAAAUUCACCCAAAAUCAGAAAGAUAAAAUGUACGAGUUUGCAGAAAAAGUAGGAUGGAAAAUGCAGAAAACAAAUGAAGAAAUGGUAAAUGGAUUUUGCAAUGAAAUUGGGGUUGAAAGAGGAGUAUUCAAAGUUUGGAUGCAUAAUAACAAGAACACUUUCGGGAAGAGAUCUGCAUCUGCCAUUACAACUGCUGGUGAUGUUAAUGGUGUUACUAAUUAUAGUAAUCUAAACACUAAUCCCAUCACUAAUAAUGAUCUGAAUGAUGAUAAUCCAAUUAUUGAUGAAGAUGAGAUUGGUAAUUUGAAUGGAAAUGGGAAUAGUAAUAGCAGUAGUAUCAACAACAACCAUAAUUCUUCAAACCACCAUAUCCAUCACCAUCAUCAUCAACAGUAUAAUGGCAAGAACACUAAUGGUUCUUCUUCCUCUUCUUGAUUAAUUAAACUCUUUUCUGUUUAAUAAAAACUUUUUUAGUAUUUAGUUUAGAUUAUUCAGGAAGAUGAAGAACAAGAUCAGUGAGAAAAAGUACUACAAGAUUUCCCCAAUCCUUCUACCUUAUUUCUUUUUCUUAUUUUUGUAGUUUUUUUUUUUGUUUUUUUUUUUUUUUGAUUUGACUAGGUUUCCUAUGUUGUUCAUGAGUUUAAUUAAGAGGGAAAUUAAUCUUAGUUUACUAAUUAAUUAAUUAAUCCUCGUCUUGCUUUAUCUUCUGUUUCA